AUGAGCUCCAAUCAGGGUGUUUCCACUGCAGGAACUUUCCCAGGAGACUUUGAGGAACUCAGGAACCAGACACUGAUCUUAGUUCCUAUAGAACGGUGUAAAAAGGUUCCCGCUCUGAGGAACCAGACACUGAUCUUAGUUCCUAUAGAACGGUUCCAGGUGUUAAAAGGUUCCCGCUCUGAGGAACCAGACACUGAUCUUAGUACCUAUAGAACGGUUCCAGUCCUGGAGAUCCUGCAGCUGGUGAAGAAGCGGGACCUCUUCCUGGCCGACUCUCACAUCCUGGAGCUGGAGCAGGAGUGCAACGAGGCGGACCGCGACGCCGUGACGCAGCCGGAGGACUCGCUCAGCCCGAGCGUGAAGGACGGCGGCCGCAGGAAGGCGAAGGACGUGGAGCUGCUGUACGAGGAGCUGCAGAAGGAGCUGUGGGCCGUGGUCAGGGAGUCGCUGCGGUCGCCCACAGCCGGGCCAAACCUGGGCCUGGUGGUUCAGGUGUUGCAGCAGGAGGAGCAGGCGGAUAAGGACUGGGCCUCCUCUCCCUGCAGCUCGAGGCCUCGCCGGCUGAAGCAGCGAUGGAAGGAGGCGGUGGAGGAAGCAGCAGACGGCUCGCUGCCUCAGAGAGCCGAGUUCACCGCCGGGGAGCUGGCGGGUUACCUGGACCGCCUCCGAGCCCGCGUGGUGGAGGACCUGGGCGCCGCCAACAGGAACGUGGUCUCCAUCUACCCCGAAGAGUAUCAGCCCUUCCAGGUUUACGUGCAGAGCUACCACCAGGCGGUUGCUAGGCGACUGCAGGCCAUCACUGACAACCAGCUGGAGAUCACUGACAUCUACUCUCUGCUGGACUGGCUGCACAACAUAUACAACAGGGACGUUUUGGGGACCGUGUGCAUCACCAGCCCCUUCAGCCGCUCCCAGCUCAGCCCUCUGUUGCCCUCGGAGACGGUGGACAGACUGGAGCUGGACUGUCUCAACUCCGUCAGGGCCAAAGUGACGACGGAGCUGAGCCAAGUCCUGGACGAGGAGGAGAAGCGAUGGAUGGAGACGCUGCACAUCGAGGAGUACCAGAUCACGCUGGCCAAGACCGUCAUACAGAGGCUGCAGGUCGAUCUGGAGCGUUCGGCAUCCAUCAACAGGAGUUUGGGCUCCAGAGUAGCUCAGUGCAGCCUGAACGGCCUCGCUGACUUCCUCUACAGUUUCCAGCGUAAAGUGGAAAUGUUCCACGAGGGGAUGCAGAGCGGCAUGUUCGGAGACAACGAGGACGGAUACGUGUCCAAAACCAUCGCUCUGGUCAACUGCUGCCCUCCAUUCAGAGGUUUCGUGCAGCGCUGCGCUCAGUGUGACACUUCGGUCAGCGAGGACUCUCUCCGUCGAGCCAACAAAGCACUGGAUCACAUCGUCCAGCAGGGAGUCAGAGUGCUGUCUGAACGCCUGUACCUGCACAUCAGGCCUUUCUUCGAGCGGCUGGUGAAGAGGAAGUGGCUCAGCAACACGGAGCCGUACGAGCAGAUUGAAACUCUGAUCAAAGAAUACUUCAAGAAAUACCACCGGAUGGACAGCCCGCCCUACCAGCUGCUGGUGGCCGAGGUCCACCGCCGCGUCGUCACCGAGUAUCUCCGCUCCGUCAUGCGCGGCAGAAUCAUCUGCACCUCCAUGAAGAUGAGGAAGAGGAUGGCCGGCCGGCUCCGAGACGAAGGCAAACAGAUCAAAGUCCUCUUCAAGGACCUGGAGUCUCCAUCCAGUUGGUUGGACAGCGCUCUGUCUCACAUCUCAGAGAUCAUCCAGCUGGAGGACGUCCCCUCCAUCCAGAUGGAGGUCGGAGUUCUGGUCCGAGAGUUUCCAGACGUCAGGAAGAAGCACGUGUCCGCCAUCCUGAACAUCCGCGGCAUGACCCGCCAGGCGGAGCGUCAGGAGAUCAUCAACAUCGUCAAAGACAUCGAGAGCACCGACGGCGGCGGUUCGAUCCGGAUGUCCCGGGACCGCGCCCUCUUCGCCGAGGUGCCGGUCACCUCCGAGGUCCACUGCCUGAACGUUGGCCUGAGCCGCAUCGCCCUCACCGCCUCGUCCUGCUUCAGCUCGCUGCGGCCGCGGCGACCCAAAGCCCGAACGCCCGUCCAGGACAACCCCGACGACGGCCUCUGAACCGCCGAGCUCAGAUCUUUAUCGAGACAAUCCUGACGGGAAUUUAACGCCGGGAGUUGAAGCUUGGUUGUUUGGAUGAAAACAAAGCUGCUGUGGUUUAAUCAAUUAACUGUUUGCUAAG